CACACAGAGUCACUAAUGGACCUUGCCCCUCCCUCUAUCUCUGACUGGAGAGAGGUGGGAAGGAGGCUACAGCCCAGCGUCCCCAGGGCCCAGCCUAGCUGCUGCGGCUCAGUAGCAGAGCCCCUUGCCUGGGAGCAGAAGCCUGAGCGCCGGCCAGGGAAGGAGGUGCGUGGGACGGGAUCUGUGCUGUAUCUGCGCCACUUCCACCAGGACACCGUCAUGGCAGCGAGUGGUGCUGCGCGCUGGCUGGUUCUGACGCUGCUCUGCUUGGCGUCGCCAGCCUGUUGCGGGUGCCCAGCAGCCUGCAAGUGUCCCUACGCCACGCUUCAGUGCCUGGAGCCCGACAGCGUGGCCAGCAUCCCGGUGCUGGUGUUGCAGGAGAGCGAGAACGUCACUGAGAUCUACAUUGAAAACCAACCCAACCUGGAAAACAUUACGGAGUCAGAUCUCGCCAGCUAUAAGGAGCUGAAGAACCUCACGAUCACUAACUGUGGGCUUGUACACAUCUCUGUGAAGGCUUUUCAGAAUAACCUCAAGCUUCAGCAUGUGAACCUGGCCUUCAACUCCCUUGAACACAUCAGCUGGCGAGUGUUCCAUGCCCUUCCACUUCUAAACCUCAUUCUGAGGGACAACCCGCUAGCCUGCUCCUGUGAUAUCCAUUGGCUCCAGCAAUGGCAGCGCAUUGAGCGUGGUGACCUCAUUAGCCAAUCUCUAAGUUGCCGCUCUAAUGGACGUUGGUUGCCCUUAGAGACCAUGAUGAUAGACAACUGCAGUAUGCCUCAGGUCUCUAUUUCUGCUCCCCAGUUGACCAUUAGAGAGGGAGGGAACUUGACCUUUGUCUGCAAGGUGACAGGGGAUCCCCUCCCUACAGUCAGGUGGAGCACUGAUAGUCUGCAUUCCCAUUAUACUCUCCAGGAGAUGAUCAGGGGCACCACACUGGAGCUGACCCUGUAUAUGACGAACGUCUCCUCUGAGGACAACCUCCGCAACCUGACAUGCAAGGCUGAGAACAGGGCAGGUCCUGGGGAAGACAUGGUGCUGCUGGACAUUCAAUUUCCUGUCAAGAUCAUAUUCCUGAGAAAUGCUGUACAGCAUCACAACUGGUGCUUCCCCUUCGCUGUGGAUGGCAACCCGGCCCCCAACAUAACUUGGCGUUACAAAGGCAAGCCACUGGCCGAGUCAUGGCUUAUCUUCACCCACUUGAUCACAGAAAGAGAAGACGGUUCGGUCCAGCAUGGUUGUCUCUCCCUCAAUAAGCCCACCCACCUCAACAACGGCAACUACACCCUCAUUGUAAAGAACGACCUGGGCAGCGCCGAAGAGACAGCCACAGGAAAUUUCAUGGAAAACCCCUUUGAGCCCUCCGAUCCUGAAGGCCUAAUCCCUGUCCUUAUUGAGCCAACUCCCACCAACAGAUCCAAUGACCAUGUCACUGAGAACCUGGAGAGCAGGGUUUUUGGGGUGUCAGUGGCUGUGGGCCUGGCUGUGUUUGCCUGCACCUUCCUUCUACUCAUGGUUCUGGUCAUCAAUAAAUGCGGGCAGCGCUCCAAAUUUGGCAUCCACCGUGAGUCCUCGCCUCCUUACUCAGAGGCAUCUGUCCUUGGCACUGAGGAUGAGCUUGCAGUCUCCCUUCGCUUCAUGAACUUUGGGGCCAGCCCCCCCUCUUCAGACGAGGGCACCCUAGACUCUGGGCUGUCGAGUUUCGUGGAGAAUCCACAAUACUUCUGUGGCAUUAUCAAGGACAAGGACAUGUGCGUUCAGCACAUCAAGCGCCAGGACAUCGUGCUCAAGUGGGAGCUUGGGGAGGGAGCAUUCGGCAAGGUUUACCUGGCAGAGUGCGCCAACCUCAGCCCGGACAGCGACAAAAUGCUGGUGGCUAUCAAGACUCUGAAGGACGCCAAUGAGUCGACACGACAGGACUUCCAGCGCGAGGCAGAACUGCUGACCGUCCUGCAACACGAGCACAUCGUGCGCUUCUACGGGGUGUGUGCCGACGGAGAGCCCCUGGCCAUGGUCUUUGAGUACAUGAGGCACGGCGACCUCAACCGUUUCCUCAGAGCUCAUGGUCCUGAUGCCCGGAUUCUGGAUGAGGUCAAGAUGCCACCCUUAGGUCAGCUGACCCUGCCACAGAUGCUGCAGAUUGCUGCCCAAAUUGCCUCCGGAAUGGUCUACCUGGCCUCCUUGCACUUCGUCCACAGGGACCUGGCCACACGAAACUGCCUGGUGGGAGAGGGCCUGGUGGUGAAGAUAGGAGACUUUGGGAUGUCCCGUGACAUAUACAGCACUGAUUACUAUAGGGUGGGAGGCCGGACGAUGCUGCCCAUUCGCUGGAUGCCACCAGAGAGCAUCAUGUACAGGAAGUUCACCACAGAGAGCGACAUCUGGAGCUUUGGCGUAGUGCUGUGGGAAAUCUUCACAUACGGGAAACAGCCCUGGUACCAGCUCUCCAACAGUGAGGCAAUAGAGUGCAUCACGCAGGGGCGGGAGCUGGAGAGGCCGCGCACCUGCCCCAAAGAGGUGCACCUGCUCAUGCAGGGCUGCUGGCAGAGGGAGCCCCAGCAGAGGCUGGUCAUCAAGGACAUCCACAGCCGCCUGGUCGCCCUGGUCAAGAACCCGCCCGUCUACCUGGACAUCCUGGAAUAACGGGGCGCACGAGGGGGCCCGGGGGUGGAGGGGCCCGGCGAGGCAGAAGCCCAGGCAGACGUCCUGGCUGCUGCGCCCCCGAUCCAACCCCCAAUGCACGAACGCUACGGAAAUCCACGCUGCUCCAGCCUCGCGGCGCCAAACCCCCUCCCUGUCCCAGGAAGAGCCAGACGCGGUGUGGGGCUUUGCGCUUGAGAGGCGUGAGGGGUGCAGUUGCAUACUGUGAGCUGUAAUGGUCUGGUUUAUUUAUACUCCAUGUUAUGAAGGAAAACAGAGUCCCAUCAGAAACUGAGGGAGGAACCAGGGUGCUUUGGAGGGUGUAAUAGAGGCAUACUGCAACAAGAGAGUUGAAUUGCUAUUGGUAAAAAAAAAGGUAAAGAAUCCGCUGUCCCCAAAUUCACCUGUUCUAUCCAAGCAUUCUCCAAGGAUUGUGUACAAAACCGUUCAUUUUCGACUGUGUUCCAACAAAGAAGUUAGCAUUUCUACAGGGCCCAACAUGAUAAAUUUGUAUUUGAAAAUAAUUUGAUGAAAACAGCCAAAGCAUUUGUGUACAUUUAAGUUUAACAAGUUUACAUUAGAGUACAUAUUGAUGUGACAUUCCCGGUUUAGUGCCAAGACUACUGAACUUGCUCCAACAUAUUUAAUUCACUCUGAUUUAUUAUUCAAUCAUUGAGGAGCUGCAUUUAUGGAAUGUGUUUAAUUUGGAAUAUGAAAUUAUUGCAUGCACAAGGGAAUUCUUUUUGUGCCACAGAGCACUAGUUUUGAUCAGGGACUGCCUGCCUUCUAUUUUUUUGCUACCAUUCUGCUGUUACCAUGCAAUCAAUCAUUUGUUUGGGAAAUACAGAUUUCCAAAGCAACUCAAUAUAGUUGCCUUAAUACAGCAGCUUUUAAAUAUGCCAGAAGAGCAUUGCUGUAUUUUACAGCAUGUAGGACACUGCCAUCACAAUGAAGCCCGGUGCAUUCAGAAUGCAUCCAGGGCACCUACUUCACCAGAAUGUACCUAUGUUUAGCCAAAAUGAGUCUGAAUGGCAGAGGCAGUGCAUUGGCAGCAUCACGGCACCAGAAUGAGGACAGCCUUACCGUGAGCGAAGCUACAACAAAGCACUUGUUGCAAUGUUGAUAGUCAUAAGCUGGUUAGAUUCCCUUAACUUGUCUGGACCCUUCUUACAUUACACUGCAAUGCGAUUACAGUGCUGCCAAUCACACUGAAAUACGGAAGGCCCCUUUCAAAAUGCUGAUGCUGUUCUAAUGGUCUAUGGGAUGACUGCAACAUUUAGAGCACCACUCCUUGCUUGACAGGUAGACAGUAGUUCUUGUAGGGAAAAUCCUGCCUGAGCCACUCCUGGUUUUACCUCACCCAUUGAAAACUGAUUAUUUUGAAAGCAAAUUUCAGAGAGGUUCGUCAUUUCAAGUGAACUGCAUCUUUUGAAUAUCUACAAUAUAAUUAUUAAUGACUAUUACAACAUUGAAAGGAAGGGACAUGUACAUAGCCUAUUUGUGUGUGAAUCAUAAAUAUUUCUUCAAGCAGAGUUCAUCAAUCAUCGUGUUUUUAAAGUAGGUAUAACUGUUGGAAGCAGAAAUUGUAUAUAUUAUUGCUUUCAUAUUGUUUACAACAGUGCUUUACAUUUAUUGAUACUUUCUGAAAUAUUUACUAAAAAAAUGUAGUACUGUUCUAACAUUACACACCUGUCAUGUUAGCAGUAAAGAUUGCUCUGUGCCCAUACGCUUUUAAAAUAAAUACACUAUGUCUUCUUUUCA